AUGAUAAGCUCACUGGCAGUCGAAUUUGGAGCCCUGCGCCUCGCCUGCACAUCUAAGAUCGUAAUGGCGACACGAAAUAUGCCGGCGCGUGGCACAAAACCACUGCCACGUCAUCUCUGGGAUAUGUCGGAUUUGGAAGAGAAAACAAGCGGUCAAUACACACAUAAACCGCUCAGAAUUAAUCGAUUGGGUGGUCGCGACCCGGAAACUGGCCGAAAAGUCAAUCAACACAUUGGAGGAGGAGUGAAAUUUGAUUAUUUCAUGAUUGACUUUCAUAGAAGAGGCCCAGCCGACCAAGGAGCCACCUAUGAUGAGAGAAUUCUCGAAAUUCGUCGAGAUCCCAAUCGGACCUGCCAUAUUGCUCUCUGUGCCGGAAUUAAUGGAAAACGAUGGAUUUUGGCCACAGAAAACAUGAAAGCCGGUGACGUCAUCUCAACAAGCGGACAUUUGUCUGAAAAUCCAGUGAUUGGAGUCGAAGGAAAUGCGUAUCCAAUUGGAUCUUUGGCUGCUGGAACUGUUAUUAAUAGCAUCGAACGCUACCCAACAAUGGAUUCGGAAACAUUUGUAAAAGCCGCCGGAACUUCAGCAACAAUUGUUCGUCAUCAGGGAGAUUUUACAGUUGUUAAGCUCCCACAUAAACAUGAAUUCUCACUCCAUCGCACAUGUAUGGCCACAGUUGGACGACUUUCACACGCUGAUAUUGAUGGAAAAAUCUUUGGAUCGGCACAGAUGCAUAGAAGAUUCGGAUACAAAAUGUCCUCUGGCCUAUUCCAUAAAAAAGACGGUUACUUUGGCCGUAAAGUCCGUGCACUUCCGCCUGUUCGGAUCCUCGACACCCCACCACAGGCUCCGCCUCCAAAUCAGAGAUUCACACUGUCGAAGAAGGAUCUAUCAGGAUUACAUGGGCAUGCAAAGGUUCAUAAUUUGAUUCCAGCUGGAUAUUCGACACGGGAUUAUCCUGAAUGAAAUUAUUAUAUCGAUUUUUUAGACAUUUUGUUUUUAUUGAUUUUUUUCUUCUUUUUGUUAUUUUCCUUUUUUUUUACACUUUCAGAACAAAUAAAUAGUGGUAGACUUUUUA